CAGACGGCGUCCAAUCUCAUCCCAGACAUGUUCUAUCGGUGCCAUGUCCGGAGACAUGGCUGGCCAGUCCAAGACAUUGAUGUUGUUAGCAGCCAGGUAGUCCAUACUAAAACGGGCGGUAUGCGGACGUGCAUUAUCCUGUUGGAAGUGCUGAAGUUGUGGGUGCGCUCGAAACAUCGGAACAACAAUUGGUUGCAAGACAUCAUCACGGUAGGCUACAGCAUUAACGCGACCCCUGCAAAUGUGUAGGGCGGUCCGGUGAUGAAAUGUGAAGCCUCCCCACACCAUUACACUUCCCCCACCCCAUCGAUUCGUAUCGAAGACGCAGCAGUCUGCAAAACGUUCCCCAAGACGUCUCCACACACGUUGACGGCCAUCAGCGUGAUAAAGAUGAAAGCGACUCUCAUCACUGAAGAGCACACUUUGCCAGUCUACUCUUCUCCAUGUCUGGUGUCCUUGAGCCCAUAUAAAACGCCACUGACGGUGAUGAUCCCUGAGGAUAGCUCCAACAUAAGGUCGUCGUGCACGGAGUCCUACUUCUCUUAGACGACGUCUUACGGUGUUGGCACUUACUGGUCCUUGUCUUCCGACGACUGCUGCACCUGUUCAUGGCACUGGGCGGAAUCUGACACGCAGAUGAGUGACCCGGAUGUAGCGGUCUUGAGCCUGGGUUGUAACGCAUUGUGGACCAGGACAUUGACGGUCACGUGUUGAUCCAGUAACUCGAACACGUUCCACCAACCUUACAAUAGUGGACUGAUGACAAUUGAAGUGUCUGGCAAUAGCACGUGUAGACAUGCCAGCCCAGGACAUUCCCCUAAGCCGGGAGAUUUUCUAUUAAAUAAUCAACCAGAGUGGAUUAAUCUGUGAGGAUUUUCAUAUUCUCCGACAAAUUACAAAACUAGCAUCGUUACAUUAAUUGUGAAUAAUUCGUGUUGGGUAAAUCCAAGUCCCUUUUCAAUAUACAACCAUCAUUCAGUACUUCCGGAAAGGAAGGGAAAACUUCUAACAAAGGAACGAUAGACUAUUGUUUAAUCCGACGUUCUCUAGACUCGCAAGUUCAGAACCAAAUCAGACAAUUUUUAUCUUGUUUUUUUUUCUUUUUUUCAAGUCUAAUGUUUCAAUCAAAUUUGUUGCUAACAAUAGCCUAAAAAUGGAAAUUAAUGUUGUACUUGUGAGGGAACUCGAAGAAGUGAAAUCUGUUUUAGAACAUGGUAAGAAAUGGGAGACAAGUUUCAAGAAUAACAGGGAAGGAAAACCAUAUCAAUGUGAUGUUUGUAGUAAAUCAUUUGGCAGCAUUAGUAAACUAAGAGUACACAUGAGAAUUCAUACUGGGGCGAAACCUUAUAAAUGUGAUGUUUGUAAUAAAUCAUUUGUUACGAAUAGUCAUCUGAAGAGACACAUGAGAAUUCAUACAGACAAAAAACCUUAUAAAUGUGAGGUUUGUGGUAAAUCAUUCACCCAGGGUAGUGGUCUACAGAGACACAUGAGAAUUCAUACCGGAUAUAAACCAUAUCAAUGUGAUGUUUGUAGUAAAUCAUUUACUCGUAGUAGUAAUCUAGAACAACACAUGAGAAUCCAUACCGGUGAAAAACCUUAUAAAUGUGAUAUUUGUAGUAAAUCAUUUACUGAACGAGGUAGUCUAAGGAAACACAUGAGAAUUCAUACAGGCGAAAAACCAUUUGAAUGUGAUGUUUGUAGUAAAUCAUUUAAUCGGAAUGAUGAUCUAAAAGUACAUCUGAGAAUACAUACUGGUGAAACACCUUAUAAAUGUGAUGUUUGUAGUAAAUCAUUCAUUAGUAGUAGUCACAUCAAGAGACACAUGAGAAUACAUACUGGCGAAACACCUUAUAAAUGUGAUGUUUGUGGUAAAUCAUUCACCCAGGGUAGUGGUCUACAGAGACACAUGAGAAUUCAUACUGGUGAAACACCAUAUAAAUGUGAUGUUUGUAGUAAAUCAUUUACUCGUAGUAGUAAUCUAGAACAACACAUGAGAAUUCAUACUGGUGACAAGCCUUAUAAAUGUGAUGUUUGUAGUAAAUCAUUCACCCAGGGUAGUCAUCUACAGACCCACAGGAGAAUUCAUACUGGUGAAAAACCUUAUAGAUGUGUCGUUUGUAGUAAAUCAUUUGCUUGUAGUAAUCAUCUUCAGACACAUAUCCGAAUUCAUACUCGAGAAAAACGGUAUAAAUGUGAUAUUUGUAGUAAAUCAUUUUCGAGAAGGAAUACUCUACAGAAACACAUAAAUAAUCAUGCUGUAGAAAAAAACUUAAAACUGUGAUGUUGGUAGUAAAUUGUUUUCAAGAAUUGUUCAUCUUCAGAGUCCUAUAUUUAUCCUGUAAUAUACAUGUAACCUGACAAAUCUUGUAUUUGUCAUCUACAGAUAAACAUUAGAACUCGUACUGGAAAAUCUGUCUUCUUUCACCGGGAUUUAGCUGAAAAGUAGGACGUUUAAUCCCAUUUUAUUUCAUUACAGUUAAUGAAUAAUCAAGACUAAUUUUUUGAUUUUAUGUUUAGAAUACUGGACUUUACACCCACCAAGUGGUACGAACUUGAAAAUUAAACUCAUGUGACCAAAAUAUGUACACAUUUUAUUUUUCCAAAGUGUAGACUGAGAUGUAACAUUAGGGAUGAAACUCCUGUCUCUAUAGUCCAAAGAUAUCUUCCAAUUCAAUUCAUGGGACAAAUAAGCCUUUUGAUUUUUAACGAUUUCUGAUAAUUACUGUCUGUGUAAUUUAUGAUUACUAAAGUUUAUUUAAAUUGGGUUGGGUGGCCAGAUGGUUAAUUGAGUCAACUGGUGCGGUUUAGAUUCCCUGCUUGGAUGUGACAAAGAGUAGCAUCAUCUGUCCAACCUUGUGGGUUUUCUCCAGGUCCUCCGGUUUCCUUCCACUGCUAAAGACCCCAACGCGCAAAGCGUAUUAUUAAAAUAAAAUUGAACCAUAUGUUAGUCCUAAAAUUACCUAGUCAGUGUAGAGUGGAUGUUAAACCCCGUUUCACUGUCUACUCAGUUUUUAGUACAUCUAUAUUGUAAAUGAUCCAAUUACCGACAAAACAAUAAAUAUAUGACAACCUCCGUUUGGAUGACUUUGCGGCUGUGGCCUUUUGUUUUGUUGCCUGGCAACCUGUCUUUGUAAUAAAUGUAAAUUACUGCACCAUGUAUAAACCAAAAGGCACCAUUAAAUUUCUUGGGAUCACGUGGCUAAGUGGGUAAGACGCUAGCUCGCUAGCCUGGAGGUCGGGUGUUCGAUCCCUGCAUUGGCCCGAGAUAGUUCAUCCAGAUUUUCCGGCGUGGUUCUCCCUUGUCAGUGAUGCAGGACGGAGGGGCUGACAAGGAAAGCUGUCUAGUCGUUCGGAUGGGACGAAAAACCGAGGUCCCGUGUACACAUUGGCGUGCACGUAAAAGAUCCCUUGGCAGUUGGAAUUCGAUAUAAGAGUAGGCCGUAGUGCCGCUGUCCGGGCAAAAUUUCCCUCAUAGCACACUGUAUGGUGUAUGCCCGUCUUCAUUAGCCCAGGUUAGGAGCAGAACAGUAGGACGUUAAACUCCAUUUCAUACCAUUAAAUUUCUUGUAAAAAAAAUCCAGUUAUUAUCAAAAUAUUUGUAUAUGCAUGUUUACAGUUGUACAUGUAUGAAUUUUAAUUAUUGUUUAAUUAAAUGUUCUGUCACAG